AUGUCAACCGAAUUAACUUAUCCCUGUUCUCUAAGCCUCGAUGUGCCCUUUCCCGACGCAAGACUUGCCAAUGUUGCGCUCCAGGCUCUCCGAGUAGACAAGGAACUGUCUGCGCUCGUUCAAAAGGAGUUAUCGGCCGUUGACUCGACGCUCAAAGUUCGGUACAAGGCGACAACAAACAGGAUGCUGCGCGUGGCUGUCAACUCGUUCUUUGACAGCUUGGCUCUUGUGUUGGAGGUGAUGGAACAGUUGGAUGUGGAUGUAAUAGAGGCCAGAAAGGCGGAAGAAGAGACUGGUUGA